CUUCAUUUCGUUGAGGUGUUUUGUUGAUUUUAAUUUCAAAUCUGUAAUGACUGUAAUUAAGGAUAUCCAAGAGAAGGUUAAUGCCAUUCAUCGUCGUCCUUCUGACGAGGGAAAGUCAUCGGAUGAAUUAGUAACUCAAGAUUCUGAUGAUGAUCCUGAUGAUGAUGAUGAUGAUGAUGAUGCCGAGGAUGAUGACAAGCAAUUGCCUGAUCCAGAAAAUAUUGAUUCCGACUCCGACGAUGGUGGUGAGUUGGUUAAAGUUGGUGGGGAUGCUGAUGAUGCUGACAAGGCUGUUACUGCUGUCCCUUCUGCUGAUGUGAAUCCUUCUGAGGAUGUUGGAGGGAGUGAUAAAAAUGUUAAGGAUGUUGAGAAGCCGAAGGGCGAUGAGUCUCGAUUGAAGGGGGACGAUUUCUUUGAUGGGUUGAGCCAGCUUGUAAUAGAUGAUGAUCAAGUUGUGUUGGCUGGCUUGGAGGCUGUUGCUAAAAUCAAUGUCCCCGCACCCAAUCCAGAUGUUGUUGGUGAAAAGUCAGAUGCCAUUCAUACUGAUGAAGAAACGAGGAUCCGUCUGCGAUACACCUCUGUUGGAUAA